AUGGCCAGCGAAGGUAAGCUACACGUAGUGAUGUUCCCAUGGCUAGCUUUUGGUCACGUGAUCCCGUUCUUAGAGCUCUCCAAGUUCAUAGCCCAAAAGGGUCGCAGAGUCUCCUUCAUAUCAACCCCUAGAAACAUCCAACGCCUCCCAAAACUGCCUCCAAACUUGGCCUCUCUCAUAAACCUAGUAAAGCUUCCUUUACCUCUCGUACCUAACCUCCCUGAAAAUGCAGAGGCCACCAUGGACGUCCGUACCGAAGAUAUACCCUACCUCAAGAAGGUUUUCGACGGUCUCGAGGCUGGUUUGUCUCAGUUUUUACAGAACUCACCUGCAGAUUGGAAUCUAUAUGACUUUGCGCCUCACUGGUUGCCCCCAAUCGCAGCGAAGCUUGGAGUUUCACGCGCUUUCUUCUUCAUCAUCAACGCCUGGUUUAUGGCCACGUUUGGACCAUCAGCAUCGACCAUGGUCGACGGUUCUGAUCCAAGGACAUUGCCGGAGCAUUUUUCAGUGCCGCUGAAAUGCAUCCCUUUUACGACGAACCUUGCGUAUCGGCCUUACGAGAUCAAAUGGAUUCGUGGCGCAACAAAGGUAAACGCUUCUGGGGUUUCCGAUAUGCAUCGUUUGGGCUCUGUAAUUAUGGGGUCUGACGCCAUUGUUAUACGAGACUGUAAUGAGCUCGAACCACUUUGGUUGAACCUCCUCGAAGAACUUCACCAAAAACUUGUAAUUCCAGCGGCUUCAUGCCCCCGCCGACACUGGCUUGACUGCAAAAACAAAGGCUCUGUGGUUUACGUUGCAUUGGGGAGCGAAGUAACACUGACUCAAAACGACGUCACUGAGUUGGCUCUCGGGUUGGAGCUUUCUGGGUUGCCUUUCUUUUGGGCUUUAAGAAAGCCACCUGGUUUGGCUGGGUCUGGCUCGGUGGAGCUGCCAGAGGGGUUCCUGGAGAGAACCAAAGAUCGUGGAUUUGUUUGGACAAGCUGGGCGCCUCAACUCAGGAUACUGUCUCAUGGCUCGGUUGGUGGUUUCUUGACUCACUGUGGUUGGAGCUCAACUAUAGAAGGCUUGACAUUAGGGCACCCACUGAUUAUGUUGCCAUUCUUGGUGGAUCAAGGGUUAAAUGCUCUGGUUCUUGCGGAGAAGAAGGUGGGAAGAGAAGUACAGAGACACGAAGGAGAUGGGUCGUUUACAAGGAACUCAGUGGCUGAGGCACUGAGGUUAGUGAUGGCCUUUGACGGUGAAGGAAGGACUUGCAGGAAUAAGGCAACGGAAAUAAGUAAAAUAUUCACAGACAAGAAUCGACAAGACAGAUACUUAGAUCAGUUUGUUGAGUAUCUUGAAAACCACAGAGCUUUUGUUCAAAAGACCUGA